UUAGACUUAUCUGACAUCUCACAGAACAAAGUUUGUUUUGGUAUGUGUAAUUUCAUAAUAUGAAAACAAUAUUUUAUUUACUUUCGUACACUAUACAGUCAUCAAAUCGAUUGACUUAUUAAAAAAAUCAUGAGCUCAAAAAACAAAGAAGCAGGAGAUGAAGAAAAGAAACCUAUCGUUAUCAAAAAUGCAACUGAUCUUCAAAGGUUAAAACUCGAAAAACUAAUGAAAAAUCCCGACAAACCAGUUAUGAUACCUGAUGGACCUAAGCAAAAGUCACUGGCUCCGCCGCCGGAUUUCGUACGUAAUGUUAUGGGAUCUAGUGCUGGUGCUGGUUCAGGAGAGUUUCACGUUUAUAGACAUCUACGAAGAAAAGAAUAUGCAAGACAAAAGUUCAUACAGGAGAAAAGUGAAAAGGAAAAACUUGAUGAUGAAUACCAUAAUAAGAUAGAAGAAAAUAAAAGUAAGGCAGAAGAGAAAACAGCCAAAAAACGAGCUAAGAGAUUAAAGAAGAAACAGAAAUCAAAGACUAGGGCAAAAAAACCUAAAGAUUCAGACAAUAAUUUAGAAUGUAAGGAAUCAGAUAGUGGUGAAUCUAGUGAAGAGGAAACUGAAGAGGAAAAUGAUAAAGAUAUAGAAUCAAAAUCUUCUCAAUCAAAAGAUACUGAAUUUAAAUCUUCUCCAUCAAAAGAUAUUGAAUCCAAAUCUUCUGCAUCAAAAGAUAUUGAAUCUAAAUCUUCUCCAUCAAAACUAGUUGAAUCUAAAGUGUCUCCAUCAAUAGAUGAUUCAUGAUGACUUAAGAAAUAUAAAAAAAAUUUCUGUGUUAA